AUGGAUCUUUCAUGGCUGCUUGGUCACGCCCGUGUUUCCUUUCAUCACUCAAAGAACACCAUAUCUCUGGCUUCGAAGUCUGGCAAGACAGCCUUGUCUGAUAUCUGCAAAGCAUCGACUCCUCCAUGCAAAUUGAACCCCCUGCUCUUUAACGGCCAUCUCCAUACUGCCUGGACAGCCGUGAAGGCCGCUGGACCCCCUAUCGUGUACAAGCGUCAGAUAUUCGAGUCUGAUGACCCCCGAUUUGCUGGCACCUUUGCCGUAGACUUUGUGGCCCAUGAGCAGGCACUGUCAGAAGAUUCUAGCCUCCCUCCUCGCACAACAUACUUCACUGCGAAUGAGUUCGCGAAUAUUGGCAGUGAUGAUGCGAAGCCCAUGUUGAUCACUCUGCAUGGACUGAGUGGCGGAUCGCAUGAAAUCUAUCUCAGACACGUGCUGGAGCCGUUGGUAAAUCAAAGUGAACAGGGUGACUGGGAGGCUAUUGUUGUCAACAGCCGCGGUUGCGCUAUGAGCAAGAUCACCACCGGCAUCUUGUAUAAUGCAAGAGCCACCUGGGAUCUGCGACAGACGGUCAAGUGGUGCAGAAAGAUGUACCCGCACCGUCCGCUUUAUGCAAUUGGGUACUCCUUGGGUGCCAACAUUCUCACAAACUAUCUAGGUGAAGAGGGAGAUGCGUGCGAACUGCAAGCCGCUGUAAUCUGUUCCAACCCCUGGAAACUCGAAGUUGCCAGUCUUGCUUUACAGCGCACUUGGCUUGGACUCAAUGUCUAUUCAAAGACGAUGGGAACCAGCAUGAAGAAGCUUUUCGCACAACAUGCAGAUCAAGUGGUGAGAAAUGGUAAUAUUGACCCAGAGAGGGUUGCUAAGGUUACAUAUCUGCACGAGUUUGACAGGGAGAUUCAAUGCCCGACUUGGGGUUAUCCAACGGAAUACGCCUAUUACCGGGACGCAUCAUCGGCAGAUUCGGUUACUGCCAUUCGAAUUCCCACUUUCGCCAUUCAUGCUGAGGACGAUCCGAUUGCUGUAGACGAGGCUGUUCCUUACGAGGAAAUCAAGCAAAAUCCGUAUGUUGUCAUGUGCUCGACCUCGACUGGUGGCCACUUGAGUUGGUUCGAGGUUGGUGGGACAAGAUGGUUCUCCAAGCCGGCAGUCAACUUCCUCCAGAAAAUGGCGCGCGAGUACGAUAGCGGUAGGGAGGGCGGCCCGACUGGGGUUCUGUCAGAGAUGACCAGGACAGCCACAUCCAGCACGGGAUUCAAGAGUCCGUUCGUGUUUGAGCCAAUGCGUAGAAAGAUGUAUCUCCCCGAGCUGGGGACGGAGCAAGACAGAUAG